CAAAGUUUUCCCCAACAAUACCCACGUGGCACGACCUAAGUCGCGAAAGGACAAAUCAUUAUCCAUUUGGAAAUUCCCUCUCUAGAGAAGAGCGAGAGACUCUCAGUUCUGCUGUCUGCUCACUGCUGUCUGCUCAAGCUCUUUCGGAGGUUAGGAAAUCGGGGGAGCAAAGAAGAAAAAUGGGUGCUCUUCUCCUGAACAGCUCUCUCUGUUCGGCGAAAAUCCAAACGAAACCAGCUCUUCCCCUCCUCCCGAAACUUCCUCCAGCGUCAGUUUCACUCUCUCCCUCCCGAUCCCAGGUUGUACGAGACUUGGCUAAAACAGGCUUGCUUGCGGUGCUAUCUGCUUCUGUCUUCCUAUCUGACCCAGCUCUCGCUUACAAGGGAGGAGGGCCUUACGGCGCUGGAGUGACGAGAGGACAGGAUCUAACGGGCAUGGACUUCAGCGGCAAGACUUUGAUCAAGCAGGACUUCAAAACUUCGAUUCUAAGGCAAGCGAAUUUCAAAGGUGCAAAGUUGCUCGGGGCUAGUUUCUUCGAUGCUGACUUGACAGGGGCUGAUCUUUCGGAUGCAGACCUUAGAUCUGCGGAUUUCUCAUUGGCCAAUGUCACAAAGGUCAAUUUGAGCAAUGCUAACCUGGAAGGCGCACUAGCUACAGGCAACACUUCUUUUAGAGGCUCGAAUAUAACAGGAGCAGGUAUGCCAGCACACUGGUUUGGUUACAUCAUGUCAUCAGAUCUGUAGUGUCUAUUUGAGUCGAUGGACGAAUGACGAUGGCCUUCGCUUACCAGAUUUCACUGAUGUACCUCUACGGGAAGAUCAACGAGAAUAUCUUUGCAAAGUUGCAGAUGGGGUGAAUCCAACAACUGGGAAUGCGACACGAGAGACAUUGCUUUGCAACUAGUACUCCUUGCCGAAGCACAUUGGAAAGGAGGCAUCAGCCAUCUAUCGGCACCAUAGAAAGAGUUGCAAAUUUCCACCCUUUAAGCUGAGGUUUGGCCAUCAACUUGUGUAACUAGUUCACAAGUUCACGUACAAAUACCUUAAUUCAAUUUUGCAACCAAAUUUCUCCCUGCAUCUUCAUCCCUUCCAACUCAAUCUCAGGAUCACCAACUAAAACUGUGCCGUUCCACAUUAUACUGCACUAUUUCGAACUGGGGGGAAUAUAUGCUGAUUGUGAUUUGUGAUCAUAUUGGGAUGCUUGACGUCAUAUGCCAGAACAUGGCUGAAGAAAUGGCAAACAUCUUUGCACCGACACAUCUGCGUCUUAAAUCUAUUUGUUCUAAUUCUAAUGCUAAAUGCUCCACUUAGUUGGUGAAUACUUUCGACUUAGUGCCAUCACUUUAGGUAAAGCAACACAACACCAUAUUUGGUGGGCGUGAAGUAAACUAAUGAUGCAGCAAAAAGAACAGUUUUAAAGAUGCAAGAAAAAGCUUGCCUUUCCACCUUUCCAAUAUCAGCCAUCAGUCAUUGAGCACCUGUCUGUCCAGUAACAAUUUCAGGGGAGGAAACUGGGUGAAUAGUUAUACUGCUACUGUUUCCACAUUCCAUGAAUCUGGAGCACAAUUGGUUUGCUAUAAUUCUACACAUUUGAGCACCUCUUAUUAAUAAUUUUUCUACUAUAUAUUCACCCUACUCUCCUUUCGUCGCUUCAUCUGUUCUUUCCGAACAACCAUUUGCCCACGAAAGAACUCAGCUUGCCGCCUCUAGUCUACUCUACAGUGCUAACAAUUUCCCUAUCCCCACACCUUCUAACCCUUAUCUGCAGAGUCUCACCCCUCAUUCUUCCACCACCAUUCACAAGAUCACUGCAUUGCCUUCUUGGCGCCUUAGACCAGUAAUCGGGCUCCAUUACGACAGACGAGAUGACCACUCUGUGCACCGACAUAGCCCGAAUGAAGUUGGGUCUCCUACAUUUCACCGCCGGCUCCAUCCUCUUGUAAACCGUCAAUGUCCCCCACGUCCCGAUGCUCUGCACCUUGUCGAGCAUGAACACGAUUGGGAUGGAGCACGGGUCAGGCCCCGUGGGCCUCGUGUUGAACGUGAACGGACCCUCGCUGAAAGUCCUCCACGUCUUGAACGUCUGCAGCGGUACCUGCAGGUCGUGGACAGCCACCAGGUUCGGGUAGAGCUGGACGGUGUAGCCCCACGAGAUGGAGACCGACCAGUUGAGGUGGUGGUCGUAGCCGUAGGAUGGCUGCAGUAUCCUAGCAGGGUCUGCCUUAUACGCCCGGUAGAGUGUCCUCACCGAGGCCAAGUGGUCCUGACCGGGGAAGAGUGGGUCCAUUGCGCCGAGAUGGUGCAGGGAGAUCAAUGGCGCCAUUGGGUGCGCUGCCAGUAGCCCAUAUGCACUCCCUCUGAUGUCCAUCUGGUGAAAUCCACGGUGAGGGGUGAGGCCCACACCUAACUCGGUGAUACAGGCCCAGAUCCUCUGAUCAGAGCCGUAGAAAUAGUGGAAGCGCUCGAGGCAACGGUCCAGAUUCUCCACCAGGAGCUCGGCGAGAGGGUAGCUGAUGGCGAACCCGCCGCCGCCGAACGCCAUCUCGUAGGAGUGCAUCACGGCCUGCUCCACGCUUUCGGAGUUCCCGCCGAUGUACCACAUCUCGUUGUGGUCGUAGUUAGCCAGCAGGGAGACCAGAUUCUCCGGGAAGAAGACGGUGUCGUCGUCGCCCAUCACGAACCACCGUACACCUGGCAGUUUGAGGCCGAAGCUAUCGGUGAUCGUCCGCGCGAUCCGGACGGCGGGUCGGGAGCUGGAGAACCCGAACCGGGUCCAUUCGGGCGAGGAGACCCGGGUCGGGGCGGAGUUCGGGGCGGGUGAGGAGUCGGGUCGUUGGACGUCCUCCAGCCAGACGAAGCCCCGGGUUCGGUUGGGGGACCACCAGACGGAAUUGGACUUGCUGCGGUCGUCCCACGUGUCGUUGGAGCCGCUGAGGGCGAAGAGAAGGUGGGAGAGGUUGGUCGGGGAGUUGUUAUUAGGGUCCCGACGGCGGUGGUCGGCGGCGGCGGCGUUGUUGCGGGCGAUGGAGGAGUGGAGGCGGUGCAAGGCGGCGGUGGGGGUGAUUCCGCCGCUCUUGGGGUCGUAGAAGGCGGUGUAGAGGCCGAUUGAGAUGAAGGACAGGAUGAACAGGAGGAUGAGGGAUUUCCCGACGAUGGAGAUGAAUUGAAACGGCUUGUCGUCGGCCUUGUGCUUCGUCGCUGUCGGGGUCGGCGGCAGCCGAUUGUGGAUCAUUAUUGAAUCUGAAUUGUGUGCACCCCACCUUUGAUGUUGGGGUUUGUGGGGAUGAUGAGAACACGAUUACGACCCAAUUGAAACCGAUUCUCGACGGUUCUUUGGCGUUGGAUUGAUGAACAGGAGGGAUAAGAACAUUCACGUAAAGAUUGAGAGAGGAGGAAGAAGAAGAUGGCGCCGAUUUGGGAAUGGCAAUGCGGUUACAGACACACACAUACAGAUGUAUGUUUUGGUUUGGUUUAUUUAAGGAU